CUAUAAAAAUUGGCCAUUAAUGCUCCAGCUGGAGCACACAAAAAGCACAAUUAGAUUAAUACUAGUAUUAAUCUAAUAUUAAAAAAUUCAGUAUUUGCUCAACAACAUCAGAACGCGUUGAAACCUUCAGAAUACAGAGUGUUUAAGCUACUCUACAUCUUGUUUAUAGAAGUGGAAACAGACUAAAAAAUGGUCUUUGAUAUCUUUUGUCUUGAAAUAGUAGGUAUUAAAAGUACCGGUAUUAAAAGUACCGACUCCAGCGAGUCCAAAAGAACGUUCAAAAUUUGAAAAAACCUUAAGCGGUUACAAUGCUUCUAUUGAUGAUGAUGAACGUUUACCUAAUCAACAUUCACGACCUUCGAUGCAAAAAAUGUCUGAUGAUGGACUUUUAUUAUUUGAACGUAGUGGUCAGUUAGUACCACAUUAUCAUAAAUAUGAUGAAUUAAAUGAUAUAAUUAAUCAACAUUUGCUUAAUGAUAACAUCGAACAAUUUCAUAUGACUGAUGGUUCGAAACAUUAUCAAGUUGUUUCAUCAUCACCCUUUUUUCUGAAUUCUGAUAUGUCUCUUGCUGAUCAAAUGAAACAACAAACAUCUAUCAUAACCACUCCAUCGUCAACGGUAAUGACACCUCAACGCUCAAAACCAAGUUCAUCAACAAACGUAGUGACAUCGCAAUCACUAGCAAAAUUUGCAUCGAAUACUGCUAAUUUAAAAAAACCAAUACUGCAUGUAACAUUUACACUCUGUGAAUGA